GGGGGCCGGACUGGGCAAUGAUUUUGGUGAAAUAGCCUUUGACCAAUAUAAAAGGGGAGAAAAAAAAUCAAAAUAGUUUAAUUAAUAAAAUGAUCAAAUUAUCCUUCACAUUUUAACACAAAAAUCUUUCCAUAUUCCCUCUUUUCACCUCGUUUCUUCCUCAGGUAAAACCCUAUUCCCCCAAUUCAAAAAUUAACGUCUCUCUUCUCUUCCCCUUUGAGAAAAUCUCACACAAAAUCCACUACAAACCUCACGAAAUCAACCUGGCAAAAGAGCACGACGAGCAUAGGCGAGCGAAGUGACCCCCCUGCCGCCUCGAAGACUUUGUUUUGGAACUACGAGUUUGUGGAAAUUCCUCUCUUGCUACUGCGGCUGUGAAGGUGAACACAAAUUUAAGGAAAAAUGGAUGAUGAAGACAUAGUGAACGUGAAGAUAAGUAAUAGAUGUAGAAUGAAAUUGAUCGAUGAAGUUUUCUAUAGCUUAGAUGAAAAGCAUCAGGACCUAUUAACCAAUUCCUGCUUUGGACAUUUGUUAUGCCUAAGAAAGAUAAAACUUGCAUCCCAAUUAGUCCACCAAUUGAUUCUGAGGUCAAUAAGUACCUCAAAAGAAAAUGAAGUAUUUAUUAAGGUUGGAGACAAGCUUGCAAGAUUUGGAUUGCAAGAAUUCACACUGGUGACUGGGCUUAAAGCGGGGGAUUUGGAGAACAAGGAUCCGAAGCUAGAGCAAAAUUGUAGACUCGUGAAAGAGCGUUUUAAGCGUAGCAACGGCAAAAUAAAGAGAGGUUUAUUGUUACAAGUUUUCAAACGCUGCAAGCAUAAGAAUGAUAAAUAUAAGUUGGCCUCCUCGUCAUAUUGA